AUGUCCGACCUACGAGAGGCAGGCCCGACAGAAUCGGGGUCGUCGCAGUUCCAUCUCAAGAAGAAGAGACAGUCAGCCUCAGAUGCGGAACAUGGCUUUGUGGGGCCUCGCCCUCCGCAGCAGGCACAUAUCCAUACAGUUUCGCAAGUGCCCUUGCCUCCAUAUCAGAAGCUGGCAAACCCUGGCCCGCUGGGGCUUCUCGGAUUCGCUCUGACAACAUUUGUCCUGGGCCUUCAUGAGUGCGGUGCUGGACUGCCACACUCGAACCCUCAAACUAAGGUUGGACCAAACCAAGCCGCCUUCGGACUUGCAAUAUUCAUGGGAGGUGGAGCCCAGUUUGUGGCCGGCAUUUUCGAGUUCCGUGUGGGCAACACAUUUGGCUGCACGGUGCAUUGCUCCUACGCGGCAUUUUGGCUCAGCUAUGCGAUGUUUCUCAUCCCAUCGCUGGAUAUCAAGGGGCAGUACAACGAGGAUGAACGGGCCUACUCUUUUGCAAUUGACAUAUAUUUGAUUGUAUGGUGCUUCUUGACCGUCCUAUUUCUCAUUGCGGCGUUGAGAAACCAAUAUAUCGUUGCAAACUUCAUUGCCACGGAGUAUCCCGAGCACAGUGUCCGAGUUAACAAGGCUGGUGGUGCCUUUACUGUGAUUUGCGCAUUUGUUGCGUUCUAUGCUGGCUCGUCUGGCUUGAUGGUGCCGGAGACUACCUUUGUUCGGUUUCCUCUUGGGGAGAUUGCUUGA